CUUCAAUCCCCAACAAAGAUGCACCUCGUCCUGUUUUUGCUGAUCAUCCCCCUCUACUGGUUUGUCAGUCUCUUAAAAAUUACCCUCCACCACCGCUCGCUCUUCUUAAUCCCUGGGCCUCUCACCACCCGGUUCACUAAACUCUGGUAUUUCAAUCGCGUGCGAUUACGUCACUUCGAACAUGACAAUAUCCAGCUCCACGAGAAGUAUGGUCCUGUCGUGCGAAUUGCUCCCGACCACUACAGUAUCCGUGACAGAUCUGCUGUUAGAACCGUGUAUGGGAAGGGAAGUCGCUUCGCCAAGUCGGCGUGGUACGAGGGGUGGAAGCAUCCCGAUCCCAACCGGUGGACAUUAUUUCCGGACAGGGAUAUACAACGUCACGGAGAAACAAGGAAACGCUUCGCGAGCCUCUACUCCAUGAGCUCUCUGGUGCAUUACGAGGCAUUCGUGGACAACUGCGCCGACAUCUUUGCCCAGCGGCUGCAGGAGCAUGCCCAACCUGGACGCGCUCUGAAUCUGGGCCACUGGUUCCAGUGUUAUGCGUUUGAUGUCAUCGGGGAGAUCACCUUUGGGCAACGGUUUGGCUUCCUAGACCAAGGUCACGAUGUCCAAGGCACCAUUGCUGCUCUGCAAGGCCUCAUGACAUACAGUACCCUGGUCGGGAUUUACCCCGAAUGGCAUCCGCGGCUGUUUGGGAUUUUGAGUUGGUUCAAGUCGUCUGGGGCUGCGGGACGAGCAUAUAUCAUGCAGUUCGUACAGGACAAGAUCAGAGCCCACGCUCCACCUUCCCCUAAACAGGAUGAGGCGGAGGGUAGAGCGCCGAAAACCCAAGACUUCGUAGAGAAGAUGAUGCUGGCACGGGAUAAAGAUCCUGAGAAAGUGACAGACUACCAUCUAUACAUGAUGGCACUGUCCAACGUCGUCGCUGGCUCCGACACCACCGCCAUCAGCCUCUCGUCCAACAUGUACUACCUCUUGCAUAACCCAGAGGUGCUCGAGAAGCUGCGGGGCGAGAUUGACUCGUUCACCGCGCAGGGCCGCUGCAGUCCCCGUGUCACUUUCAAAGAAAGCCAGGAGAUGCCGUACCUGCAGGCCGUCAUCAAAGAGGCCCUGCGCAUGCACAGCGCCACAGGUCUGCCGCUAUGGCGAGUCGUACCGGCGGGGGGCGAGGAGAUCAGCGGAUAUCGCUUCCCCGAAGGGGCAGUCGUCGGGAUCAACACGUGGGUAGCCCAUUACAACGAGGAAGUCUUUCCCGAGGCCAGGACCUUUCAGCCGGACAGGUGGCUAGAAGCAGAAAAAGACCCAGAGCGACUGCGAUUGAUGAACGAUAUGUAUAUGCCGUUCGGUCUGGGUUCUCGAACUUGCCUGGGCAAGCACAUCUCUCUCUUGGAAAUAUCGAAGCUGAUCCCACGAAUGGUCCGGGACUUUGACUGCACCACCAGCGCGAAUAAAUGGUCCACGGAAAACUUCUGGUUCGUCAAACCGACCGAUUUCGAGGUCCAAGUACGGGGGAGAUCGGACGACAAGACGGAGAUGUCUCUCGAGUAGUAUCUGAUUCUUGCUCAUGCAUGUCCACAUCAUGAACCGCAGUCUAACA